CGGAGGUGUUAAUCCUUACAAUUUAACUGAAUAGCUAGGCUAAUGACUGUUCAGUGACAACUGACAAAUGGUUUACGGCCCAAAGACUACUUUCAGGGAGAGAAACCUAAACUUGUAAAUUAGUGAACUAUUCCUUUAAUAGUAUUUCAACAACCACGCCGCAGCUGAAAGAAUCAUGUAGACAGUCGCAGUCGCUAGCGCUGCCAACCGUUUGUUUCCUCAGCGGCCUAUGACUGUAUGCGUUUCCCUAUCCACAGAAAGCCGGUCUGCGGAUCGUGCCCCUUCCUCCGUAUAUGAGAGCAGGAUGGAUACGAAGAUAACCGAACCGGACCCUCCUUAUCGCAACGGUAUGAGCGAGGUUCUGCGAUACGGGGAAUUCACCUCCACCGGCAACCGAAAGGUGAGGUAUGCCUUGAGUUUAACCGAGAGGGACCUCACCAUUCAGAAGAUAACUUCGGCACCUCUGGAACGGAGCAAGGUGGUUUUCAACUUAAGGGACUGUGUGGGCUCCCGGGCUUUCAGGGCAGAUGACAACACCGACUCUGGUGCGUACUUCUCUGCGUAUUUCUACCCGUUUAAAAGGCGGUGGAUGAGCUCUGGAGUGGCCAGGCAGCGGGUGGAAAGGUGCUUUCGUGUAGACUUGGUCCACGACCUGUGCGCGAACCUGGAGGAGGCAGAGAAAUGGGCUCGCACAAUCCGCGAGAGCUCUGUUCUACAAAAUCAUCCGAGAAAUGGGGUUGUGUACAGCGAGGUGCGGCGUCCCUGCAGGGCCAUGCUACUGGUGAACCCCCACAGUGGAAAAGGCCAGGCACUCAGCCUCUUCACCAGCCACGUCCAGCGCAUGCUCAACGAGGCCGGGGUCUCGUACACUCUGGUCGUUACCGAGCGCCAAAACCAUGCCAGGGAGAUGGUGAGAGAGGCAGACCUGUCCCAGUGGGAUGCCUUGGUCAUCAUGUCAGGAGACGGACUACUAUUUGAGGUGGUGAACGGCCUGAUGGAGAGGGAGGACUGGGAGGAGGCCAUCCUGACACCCCUGGGCAUUCUGCCGGGGGGCUCGGGCAACGCCCUGGCAGCCUCUAUACACCACUACUCUGGGGCCCAGCCCGUGUCGAGCGAAGAGCUGCUGGUCAGCUGUGGUUUCCUGCUGUGCAAGGGCUUGGUGUCUCAUAUGGACCUGGCUUCGGUGCACCUUAGCUCCGGCCCCACCCGCCUCUUCUCUUUCCUCUCGGUGGCCUGGGGCUUCGUGGCUGAUGUGGACAUAGAGAGCGAAAAGUACCGCCACGUCGGCGCCGCCCGAUUCACCCUGGGCACCCUGGUGAGGCUGGCGUCCCUCAGGGUCUACCGGGGCCGCCUGGCAUACCUGCCAGCUGAUGAGGCGGAGCCAAGGGGGGAGUCUCCGCAAAACCAACGGCCGUUCUCCACCUUCUGCCCCUCCGACCUCUGCCGGCCCUCGGACUCUGUUGGUCAAAACACCUUCCACAACUCCUGCAACUCCAACAACGCCGUCAGGAUGAAGACGUCGGAGCCUGUGCCGCCUAAUGCCACCCAGAAGGGCCUUCCCGACUCCCUCCUGGUGCCUCUCGACCAGCCAGUGCCCAGCGACUGGGUGGUAGUGCCGGAAGAGGACUUUGUCCUAAUGCUAGCCGUGUACCAGUCUCACCUGGCCGAGGAUCUGUACGCGGUACCAGACUCUACGCUCAAUGACAGCAUCAUCCACCUGAUGUACGUCCGUGCUGGCAUAUCCCGCACGGCCCUGCUGCGGCUCUUCCUGGCAAUGGGGAAGGGGACCCAUCUGGAAAACAACUGCCCCCAUUUGGUGUAUGCCCGGGUGAAAGCCCUGCGGCUGGAGCCCUUCUCGCCCAAAGGAGUGAUCACGGUGGAUGGGGAAGUGGUGGAGUACGGCCCCAUCCAGGCCCAGGUACACAGAGGAUUAGCCAGGCUCAUCGCCAGAUGACGAAUAAGCUUGGACAGUUAGCAUUCGAAUGCUACGCUAAGAACUUAAAGAUCGUGUUAUUUAGUGUUUGCUACAUGACGCUAUGCUAACAACUGGCAUUAUCCUUUUCAGGUGGGUAGUUAAGGCAUCUUCUCAGGUUUGAUGCUUUGAUUUGAAGGUUCGAAUUGGAAGUGAGUAGCAAAGCUAGAGUUCUAAAAUUCACAAUGGGUGGUAUUUUAUUUACAGAGCUGAACGUUCGCAAUCUCCAAUGUUCCUCAUUAGUUAGCAUUUUGGCUAUUCCAGUUGGCAUCUCACAGGUUAACAGCCAACCAAGGCAUUUUAUCUCCCACUCCACCCCCAGCAAAACACAUCCUCCCUACCAGGGGGACAUAAGUGGUAGGGAUUGACGGACAGCAACAUCUCAAGCAGUCAGUCCUGUGUUUAUGUCUACUGGUGAUCAUCAUCCUGCUGUGGCCGAAACUGCCAUCUCAAAUGACUAUUUAUUAUGUGCCAAAAAAGGUUUAUACUGAUGCCUUCACUUCUUCCUGCUCUGGAUCGGACAUAUGAAGGACAGUCUGCACGCAAUCACCGGUAGCACAACGUGACCCAGCUCAUUUGUACAAUUAGGGCACUGUUCCCGUAAAUCGACCCAAAACCAUUGGUGUUCAAUUACAUUAGGAAUUGAGUUGUUUCUGAUUAACUGAAAGCUUGAAUUGUGAGGGGAAAUAGUUCGGUCCUUGACCUACGCAUCGGUCCCCACCCCUGACCACGAUGGAUGACAUGUAGAGCCUGUAUCAGGCCUCCAACUGCAGUCUCCCCCUUCCUCCAUCCUUUUAUGGUUUCAUCCAUCCAACCCUCCAUUCCCUCCUCUUCUCAACACUGCAGUGCACCAAAGGAGGCCCGGCUCUUUCGUUUCUGCGUGCAGCCAGAGCUGACACCCCAGCAGUACUCACACAACAACACAGCCCCCCCCUCUACUGCCUCGCCACUCAGCCAUCAUUAUCCAGGGGCUACCCAUCGCAAAGCUUUAGGCACCAACACAGAAAAUAACACAGUAAGAUCAUGGGACAGGUGCAAGCAAAAGACUAAUGCUAGCUGGCCUGAGUUUACCCUCUCGUCACAGCGGUGGUGUUUGGAACGAGGGCAAUUAUUCUGCCUUAAACAACUGGUUGGGAGGGGCCACUUGGCUGAUUAAACAGCACACUGCUCAGAACGACGGCAGGGAGAGUAUUGACUUGUUAAAUGAUGCAUGAGGGGACCAGCAGUCAGUGUAGACCGCGUCCCAAAUGACACUCUUUUCUGCACUACCUUUGACCUGGGCUGUGGUUGUAUGUAGUGAACAAGGAGACAUUUGGUAUGCGCCUGCAGUCUUGGCACACUGUUCAGGAGAAUUAACAGAAUGUUUAACUUUCUGUCCCGACAAACACUUUGAAUGUAAGGGAAUGUUUAUAUUCAAAAUGUUCAUAUUUCUCACCCCAAGGUAUCCCCUUGAGAAUGUUGAUAGGCCUGGGUGAGCAGUGUUUUUCAAGCCACAAAGCCGAGUGCACAUUUGAGACACUGACAUUUUCCUUGUCACCAAAAUGUCUCCCCUUGGUGGGGUGAUUUGAUAUGGCUUUUUCGUUGUGUGGCAACUGUCCUCAAAUUAGGCUAAAGAUUUUACCUUUAAAAGUAAAAUGUUGCAUGUGAAAGAAAGCAACUCGGCAAUGACGUUGGAAUUGGGAUUUACUGCGUUUUUAACAUUUUAGGUCAUGAGCUCAUCUGGCAUUUCCCCUACUGAUUAAUUGAUUGCCAUUUUAAAGCAGCAGUGCAGGUCUCUCACUGGGAAUCAAUGAAGCGUCAUGAAGCGGAAAAGGGAGGCAAUAUCAAGAAGCACAAAGGCAUCAGUUGGUUUCACGAGAUCUCCUUGUCAGGGCAGCGAGCAGUGAAUAUUUAAAUACAUAGUCUUGAACAUGUUUUAUUCUGGAAAUGUUUUUUUUCCAAGUACUGUACAAGCCAUAACGUUGAAUAGAAUUCUAUUUGUACUUAAUGUGCCAUUUGUCUAAUUUGUAAAUAUAGUGGAGUAUUCAGAUUUCUAUCACCCGAAACACACACAAGAUGAAAAUACAUGCACAAAUGCAUGCCAACGCACUGAGCUUGUUUGCAUAGAUUUACAUGUUUGUGCUUUGGGUGAGAAAUAAAACAAUAUUAAAGCACUACCAAGAAUUUGAGAAUUUGGUUAAACUUACUGUGGAUAUUUUCUCAAAUUUGACUUGUGAUGAUUAUCUAUAUGCACAAAUGAGGUGUUCAAAUAUAAUUUUAUUACAGUUAUUGUCAGACUGCAGGGGAAUAUCUUCAUGAGAAAUUAUUCUGAAUUGUCAAUAUCAGGUGUUUAUUUCUUUAGUCAACUUGAGCUUUAAUUAUUUUCCUAAGAAAAGAUGUUCUAAUACUUAGCAUGGGUCACGUGUUUUUUCCCUCACCUUUCACUUGGCUGGAGAACUGGGCCCUACCCAUAGCCUAUGCAAUGUCUGGCAACUUGGUGACUGAGUAGACAUUUUAACAAUUCCUACAAUCAACAUUUUUCACUUCAGGUCUGCACAUUGAAAAGUAUGAUUGUUUAAAACUGUAUGGUGGAAGCUAGCAGCCUUUAACAUGGUCAUUGGAGGAAAAGAAAUUGAGGGCACAUUUUUGAAGAUUAUUGGCCCACAUUCAUGAAACGUGUGAACGAUCAAAUUUGUAAAUGUUCCUACGGUCAUUUCACCAACAGAGCUGGUACUCAUCAAUAUUAUCGAUUAUAAAACGCACGUCUGGUCGGAGACCGUGUAAACGUCAGGAAAUAAGAUCAUGCUUCAUUUGCAAUAAGACCAUCAUUAUCACGCUAAACAAUUGUAACAGCCUCACAACAACAACCACAAUUAUAAUUAUAGGUAAUAUAAAAUAGGAUGAGGACGAACAUAACACAUACAAACGUACCACAAUAUCAAAUAUUGUAUCACUACCGUAGGCUAUAUUGUAGAGAAUGACAAAUGGUUAAUUAGCCGUUUCACGCUAUAAAUUAUGUUGAAAUCUGUCAAUUCAUAGGUUGCUAUAUCGCCACACCCGCAUAAAUUACGAGGGAUAUGUAAAUAAGGACAGGAUCAGCACAUUCUUGCGUCCACGGCUUUAUCAAUCUGCGAUUACAUCUACGCUUAUUUCGACCACAUGCGACAGUUUCGUGAACCACACUUGAGGAUCGUCUCUCCUAACGUUCGAAUUUGAGAUCUUUUCUGAGGUUUCAUGAAUGAGGGCCACUGUGUUAAGUGUGCCUUCAAUUUAUUGUUCCUUCUUGGUAGAAAAAGGAUGGUGUAUGGUAUGGCACAGUGGGUUGUAAAGACUGCUUUUAUUAUUUUUUACCAAUUAUAACCAAUCUUUCACAAAUCUGAUUUGUCAAACAGACAGUUAGUGGAAAACAAAACCCUAAAAUGGGCUGCCUGUGUGAAAACAACGAUGACGCUCAGAAGCCUUGAAUUCUGAUACCCGUUACACAGUGGAUUCAUGAGGAGACCUGAACUCCCAUAACCAAUUUCUAUUUUGACUGAACGCUUAAGUGGAAAUGUUUUGGGGGUCAAUCCUGAGACACAUACCCUAAUAUAGUCCAUUGUUGAUAAAAUUAUUUUAAAAGAAUUAGUCCGAUAUUGUCUACCAAAGAUAUCGGAUUUGUGACGUUAUUUAAAAACUUACUGCUGCUGUCUGACAUUGUUUUGUCUGUUUUUCAGGUGUAUUGGGUGAAUGAUAGGUAAUAGCCUAGUACUUUAUUUUUGAAAAAUCUUGAUGUUUGAUACUCU